AUGCCCCCAUCUUCAAUAUGUCGAUGGGGCAUCUGUCCAUUGGCGGGGGUGGGCUCGGGACUGGGCAGGGAAAGGGCGGUGGGGGUGGGCCUUGUUUCCGGCCAGGGGAAUGGGGGUGGGCUUAUGGGGGUUGGUGGUGGACAUGUGGCCGUGGGGGGCGGGCUUAUGGGGGUUGCGGGUGGGCAUCCAGUUUUGUCUGCGCACACGGUCCCCUCCACUGGAUUUGUCACGGGCACAUUGGGUUGUGCGGUGGGGGGGUUGGAGUUCAUGGGUGAGGGUGGUGGAGGUGACGGAGACGGAGACGGAGAUGAGGAAGAGGAGGAGAAGGAGAGUAGUGAUCAUGGAGGAAGUCAUAGACGAUUGGAAGGAAUACAAAGAAAUGAAAUAAGAAAUGGAGGUUUAUAA